AGGGAACUGACGGUUGUGGAACAAAAAAUGUUACGAAGAGUUUUCGUAGCACUUCUGGUCGGAUACUUUGGAUGUUUCUGCGACGACCUCCCCUCAUUUAUACAUGUAUGCCACAAAGAAGAUCCCCAACUAGAACAAUGUUUGAUGGCCUCGGUUGAAGACAUUAGGCCCUUUUUGGUAGAAGGGGUGCCUGAAUAUAACCUACCUCAAAUGGAACCACUCAUAUUGAAAGACCUUUUCUCAGAGGAAGCAUCUGGUAUGAAAAUCACUGUCUCCAAUGUUAGCGCAUGGGGAUGCACAGACUUCUUUGUGAGGAAUAUAGAGGUAAACAUGGAUACUCAUGAAUUCACGUUAUACAUUGAUCUCCCUAAGCUGAGAAUUGAGGCACACUAUCAUGUGGAUGGCAAAAUAGUACUUGUACCUGUCAAGGGAGAUGGAAAUUUGGAAGCAAAUAUAACUGACGCACAUGCCAAAGCUCAGCUGAAAGGUGAUUUGUAUGAAAAAGGUGGUGAUCAGUAUUUAAAGUAUAAUACCUUUGAUCUACACGUUGAUGUGGGGGGUGGAUCUGUGAGGUUGGAGAAUUUAUUCAAUGGGGAUAAAGUUCUGCUUGGAAUGAUCAAUGAUGUCGUGAACAAGAACUUCGACGCCUUCGUAAAAGAAUUAAUGCCUGUAAUCGAGAAGGGGUUGGCUUGCAAGUUCAAGGAGACUGCAAAUGCUAUAGUGGAAACUUUCACAUACAGCCAGCUGUUCCCUCACUGAAGACAUCUUCGGUAUGAUAUCUAUGCAGUGUGAUUUUUUGUUAAGUUGAAGUUGACAAUUUUUUUACUGUCGUAUAUAUGUGUUAAUAAAGUGCUGAAUUUAGAUCUA